GUCUCGUCGAUUGCAGAAAUUGACCAAUUUUCAGUCGAAUCUUCGAUUUCUGGCGCCUCAGGAGACGAUAAUCUAGUGGAUGAUUCAAGCCGGACUUCAGAGAACCUGAGGCGGCCUGGUAAUCCCGAAGUUGCCUCAGGAGUGAUCGCCUCUCCGGCCCAAGACCCUGUGGCCUACUGGUCUCGAACGGCUGAAGAGGCGCGUACUCGACUCGCGCGUCUUGAGGCCGAGUCGCGCUGUCUCGAGGCAGGAAGCCUCUAUCCGGUUACGCCUGGAGGAGUUCAUGGGAUUGGCAUUGACAACGCGGCGACUGGCGCACAUGAUGGCCACCUCACCGACGGUACCAGCGCUGCUGCCGGCAGCUUUAGGGGCUUCCUUUCCACGGGCGCCAUUGCCGGUAGACUUGGAGCUUUGAGCACUGGCGGCGUGGUUGAUGGGCUUCUACGCGCUGCUGGAACUGCAGCCAGAACCUCUUCUGUCGUGGGUUUGGGGACAACCGACUCUGGCCUGGCCAAUCGGCUGACGGGGAACUGUCGUCCACUGCUUCGUCAGCCGUGGACCCUAGGAUGGCUGGGGUCCUUCCAGCAGAAUUCCAGCAUGUCGACUCGUCCCGAUACUGAACAUUUGACGGCACUACUUUCAUUGCCUACUGACUCCGGACUCGGACCAGACGCGCCACUGGUCGGCCAAAGAAUGGUACACAAUGAGGCAACGACAAUGAAUGUAAAAACAACAGAAGUACCAGGACAACUUGACUGUACCAUCAGACGAGCAGCUGACACGGCUGUCAUUCCCCCCCUAGUGAGGAUGUCGCCUGGGCAACGAGAUGGUCUUCCGAAGGGGACUCCGGACCUGGUGAACCUCGAUUCGGGCCCCUACAUUGGGACUUAUUUAAAGCCAGAAUUGCUUGUAGUUACGUCGUUGGCUAAUGCUUCUGACGCUCAUGCUAUUUCCAGUAUUGAGAAAGAGAAUGCGAGCGCAACACCGACUGUUAAGCAAGUUGAAGUAGAUAAAUCAGAGGAGGGAAUUGCAAUUUCUGUGACGGCAAGUUUUACUGUAGAUUUUGAUUCAUGCUUUUGCCUUGUCUCUAAUUCAUUCUUGUUCACUUUUAUUAAACUACAUUUCACCUUAUCCUUCUCUGAUGAAUUUGCUGUUUGGCUUUUAGCACUUAUUUUUUUCCGGUUUUAA